GUUACGUCAAUGAGUUCCCUGAAAAGACAAAAUUCACAUGCAAUUCAAUUAGUGAUACAAUUCUUUAUAAAAUCCUAACAAUAAUGCUACAUCAACAGAUCAAGAUCAAGAUCAAAAUCAAAAUCAAAAUUUUAUUUUCUUAAUCAUUAACUCAAAUUCAAUCACUACCCAUCUCUUACAGAUCAUUCUCUGACCCGGAAGAAACUCAUCAUCAAUGGCUUCUUCUAGUUUCACCCAGAUCAAAGGCAGAAACUCAGUCACUGAGUUAGCUGCUUUCAGGACUCGUCCAUUGACUCAGCGUGUCAAAAACAGAGCUCAGUUGUUAAGAGUCGUAGCUGAAAAUAAAGUAGAACCCGAUUUGAGUGUCAGUGUAAAUGGGUUGAAAAUGCCUAACCCGUUUGUUAUUGGGUCGGGUCCGCCUGGUACUAACUACACUGUCAUGAAACGGGCCUUUGAUGAAGGCUGGGGUGCUGUUAUUGCCAAAACUGUAUCACUAGAUGCAGCAAAAGUUAUAAAUGUGACUCCGAGAUAUGCCCGGCUACGGGUAGGUGGUAAUGGCUCUGCCAAAGGGCAGAUAAUUGGGUGGCAGAAUAUUGAACUCAUAAGUGAUAGGCCUCUUGAAACCAUGCUCAAAGAGUUUAAACAGUUGAAAGAAGAAUGCCCGGAAAGGAUUCUCAUUGCUUCGAUCAUGGAGGAGUAUGACAAAGCGGCUUGGGAGGAGCUUAUUGAUCGAGUAGAGCAAACUGGAAUUGAUGCUAUUGAAGUCAAUUUCUCAUGUCCUCAUGGAAUGCCUGAACGUAAAAUGGGGGCUGCCGUUGGACAAGACUGUGGACUUUUGGAAGAGGUUUGUGGAUGGAUUAAUGCAAAAGCUACUGUACCAGUAUGGGCGAAGAUGACUCCUAACAUCACAGACAUAACAGAGCCAGCUAGGGUUUCUCUCAGAUCAGGAUGUGAAGGGGUAGCUGCGAUCAACACAAUCAUGAGCGUAAUGGGAAUCAAUCUGAAAACAUUACGACCAGAGCCUUGUGUUGAGGGAUAUUCCACUCCUGGGGGUUAUUCCUGUAAAGCAGUUCAUCCUAUUGCACUUGGGAAGGUUAUGAAUAUUGCGAAGAUGAUGAGAUCAGAAUAUAAUCUUGAUGAGUACUCACUUUCUGGUAUUGGAGGUGUUGAAACAGGCAGUGAUGCUGCCGAGUUUAUUCUUCUUGGAGCAAAUACAGUUCAGGUCUGCACUGGAGUUAUGAUGCAUGGAUAUGGACUAGUGAAAAAACUGAACGAAGAACUGAAGGAUUUUAUGAAAAUGCACAACUUCUCUUCAAUUGAAGACUUCAGAGGAGCAUCGCUCGACUAUUUUACAACUCACACAGAUUUGGUAAGACGGCAGAAAGAAGCGAUUGAACAACGGAAAGCUGUCAAGAAAGGUCUGCAGUCUGAUAAAGACUGGACCGGAGAUGGUUUCGUGAAGGAGUCGGAAAGCAUGGUUUCUAAUUAAAUUGCCAGACUUCAGUAAGCUUUCUUUCUGUUGAUAUUUGAAUAGAAAGACUACAGGAAUACUUUUUUUUCCGUAACAAAACCAGAGGAAUACUUAAGUUGCUGUUAUUAUAAUUCAUAACUUCUCCUGUGCUUGUUUUUUU